CCAAGCGUCCACCAAUUCGUGCCUCCGUUCGGAGAGAUUUUCCCCUCUCGCCCAAUUACUCCGAACCCCGGACUGCCAGGGCUUUCGCGUCUUCGCUAAACCCUCCGUUUCGGGGGGAAUUUCCAGCCACGGGCAGCUCUGGAGCACUGUACGCUACCUUUCUUUUCUUCUCUUUGCGUCUCCGCCUCCUUCUUUCCUUCCAGCAGCCGUGGCGGCGCAGCAGGCCCCUUUUCCACCCCAGCCAAACGGAAGAGCGGAAAGCAGCUGAGGCACCUCUCUCCCCCGCCCCCCCUUCCAGCUACGUUUACAGCUUUUCUUUGCUUCCUUUCUGGCUUUCGUUCCCCGGAAUCCCGCUUCCCGGCGCCCUCUCUUCGUCUCGACCAUGCUCUCCUUCCCGCUUCUCCUCCUCCUCCUAGCUGGAAGCCGCGGCUCAUUCUCUUCAGGGUCGGGCCCGGCAGCCCCUUUCGACUUGCUCUACGCUGACGGGGUGCGGGCGUACUUCGCCCAGGACUGGCCCCGGGCCUCCGAACUGCUCCAGCGCGCUCUCCACAGCUAUGCGCAGCUGCAGGAGGCGCGCCGAAAGUGCCAAGGCAGAUGCCGGAGGGAAGCCUGUUUUAGGAGCCAGCCGCCUUUCCAGCCUUGGGAGACCAGCUUCUUCGACCGGGUGCUGCAGCGGGCAGACUGCCUGGAGGAAUGUCUGGGACGGAAGCUGGGCGGGCAGCCGUCCCGCUACAGAGCCAGCUACGAGAUCCGACAGGACUUUGAAGAGAGGGAGCCCUACAAUUAUUUGCAAAUUGCCUUCUUCAAGCUAAAAAAACUGGAUGAAGCUGUCUCUUCAGCUCAUACUUUCUUUGUAGCCAAUCCACAGCACCUACAAAUGCGUGAGGAUAUGAAGAAAUACCAACGCAUGGCAGGGGUAAAAUCUGAAAGCUUUCGGGAUCUGGAGGCUCAACCACACUGGGCGGCCUAUGAAGCCGGGAUGCAUCAUUACGGCAAGGAUGACCACCAGCAGGCAGCAGCAAAACUGGAGGAAUCGCUCAGAGAGGGGCUGCUGGCGUUGGAGAACUGCAGAGCCCUUUGUGAAGGGCCCCGAGAAGAUGAGGAGAAAGAGGAAGAGAUGCAGCUAGGCCUCUAUGAAAGCAUUGCAGCUCAUUAUGUCCAGGUCUUGAAAUGCAGGCAACAGUGUGUCCUUGAUAUUGCCACCAAACCAGGCAGGGUAUCUUCCACAGAAGAUUUUAUCCCAUCUCAUUUUGAUUUAUUGCAAUUUGCCUAUGAUAGAGUUGGAAAUCAGACUGUUGCUGCUGAAUGUGCAGCUACCUUCCUACUAUUCUAUCCAUCAGAUGAAAAGAUGCUGGAGAAGCUGAAACAGUACCAAGCAGAUCUGGGAGAAGAAAUGUCUAUUCCAGCCAGAGAGAAUAUCCGGCAUUAUGUGCAAAGAUCCCUUAUGGAAAAGAAACUGAUCUAUUAUGCAGUACAGCAUCUUGAGGAAACUUUUAAAGACCCAGAUUUAUGGACUCCUGAGGAACUGAUCCCUGAAAGCAUGAAGGAAAAACACAAAGAAGAUCAGGAGAAACGAAGCCUGAAGGCCUCACAUAUGCAACAACAGAAUCAAAAUGAACCACUACCAUUUGAGGACAUCAGCAUCACCAUGGAUUCUCACCAACUCAAUGGUUCCCAGAGGGUUGUCUUUGACAGAGUCCUGACUGAAUCAGAAUGCAAAGACAUCCUUCGUCUGUCUAAGGCAGCUGGAGGAACAGGAGAUGGUUAUCGUGGCAGACGUUCCCCUCAUACCCCUCAUGAGCGAUUUGAAGGCUUAACAAUGACAAAAGCUUUGCAGCUGGCUGAGGAGAGUACUAUGAACUGGAAAGAUGUUAAGCUUCUCCUGCAAGCCAGUGAGAAAUCCCAGAAAAUUGUGGAAUCCUAUUUUACCCCUGGGAAAAAUCUCUAUUUUUCUUUCACACAUCUGGUGUGCCGCACAGCUGCAGAGGGAGAACAGGAAGGUCGCAUGGACCUCAGCCACCCAGUCCAUGCUGACAAUUGCCUCUUGGAUCCAGAGGGAAACAUUUGUUGGAGGGAACCCCCUGCCUACAUAUACAGGGACUACAGUGCAAUCCUUUACCUGAAUGAAGACUUCCAAGGGGGAAAUCUCUUCUUCACUGAGAUGGAUGCUGUAACUCUUACAGCUCAAGUGCGCCCUAAAUGUGGGAGGCUGGUGGCCUUCAGCUCUGGUGAAGAGAAUCCUCAUGGCGUGUGGGCAGUGACCCGUGGGAGACGCUGUGCUAUUGCCCUCUGGUACACCCUUUCUCCAGAGCAUGCAGAGCAGGAACGGCCCCAAGCAGAAAAGCUGAUGAGACAGAAAGAGGCAGAGCAGGAACAGUCACAUAAAGAAGACAUGGAGAACACCAGUACUGCACGUAAGAGUGGAGAUUCACCAGAGCCUCCUGUUCCGAAGGGAAGAGCUAGAUCCACAAGCCGAAAGACUAAAGUGGGCUCUGAGUCUGGGGUGCAGUCCAGGAGGCUGAGAGUCAGAGAUGAAUUCUGAUCACAUACAGUGCCACAUGCUCCUUUGCAGCUGUUAGAACCGACUUGUACAAGUGGGCAGCCUGAGAACGUUUGCAGCUCAUAAGUUAAAGAAAUCUACCUUGCUUCUCUAUGACAUCACAAAGUAUGAAUGAGAGAGUGAUACUCUUGGACUUCAUCCACCACUUAAACCUGAGUAUCGUCUUGUCCCAGUAAAGAUGCCGAGCUUGUAAACUGGUAUAGCAUUAUGGCUAAAACAGAUUGAGACAAGAAUCUUCUGUUCAAAUCAGCCAUAUUCUCAGAGGCCAUGACCCUCUCUCACUCCUAAGCCUUCACCUACAACACAGACAUAAUUAAUACAGAUCUACCUACAUUACAGGGCUCUUCUGAGGAGAACUGGGAUAAUAUGAAAUGUACUUGGAACCCUUUUAAAGUGCUAUAUUAAUCUUAAAUAUCUUCCUUCCAGCUUUCCCCCACCCUCACAUUAUUGUUUGAAGGAAUCAAAAGUGGGAAAAAAAUAAUAUUGAUUGGUAUGAGCUUUGUGAUGGGAUGUAUGGAAGCAGACAGGCCAAAGGAGACAUCUGGAAUU